AGCCCCGCGCACGUCUCCUUCCGCUCCGCGUGAGUGGCGCUUGGCGCUGGUUGGGACUUCACGCUGGUGUUGGCGGGGUGUGGAGCCUCUGCAGAUCCCGCUUGCCUCGGGGACCAUGGCCACCGACUCCUGGGCGUUGGCGGUGGACGAACAGGAAGCCGCUGUCAAGUCGAUGAGCAGUUUGCAGAUCAAAGAAGAAAAAGUCAAAGCAGACACCAAUGGUGUCAUCAAAACCAGUACCACUGCGGAGAAGACUGAGGAAGAAGAGAAAGAGGACAGAGCUGCUCAGUCUUUACUCAACAAGCUCAUCAGAAGCAAUCUUGUGGAUAACACCAACCAAGUAGAAGUCCUGCAGAGGGACCCAAACUCCCCUCUCUACUCAGUGAAGUCUUUUGAAGAGCUUCGCCUGAAACCCCAGCUUCUCCAGGGAGUCUAUGCCAUGGGCUUCAAUCGACCAUCCAAGAUCCAGGAGAAUGCGUUGCCCAUGAUGCUUGCUGAACCCCCACAGAACCUUAUUGCCCAGUCACAGUCUGGUACUGGGAAAACAGCCGCCUUUGUUUUAGCUAUGCUCAGCAGAGUGGAACCAGCAGACAGAUACCCUCAGUGUUUGUGCCUGUCCCCAACAUAUGAACUGGCACUUCAGACAGGAAAGGUGAUUGAGCAGAUGGGCAAAUUUCAUCCAGAACUGAAGCUAGCUUAUGCUGUUCGAGGCAAUAAAUUGGACAGAGGUCAGAAGGUCAAUGAGCAGAUUGUCAUUGGCACCCCCGGAACCGUCCUGGACUGGUGCUCCAAGCUGAAGUUCAUUGACCCCAAGAAGAUCAAGGUGUUUGUUCUGGACGAGGCUGACGUGAUGAUAGCAACUCAGGGCCACCAAGACCAGAGCAUCCGCAUCCAGAGGAUGCUGCCCAGAAACUGCCAGAUGCUGCUCUUCUCUGCCACCUUUGAAGACUCAGUGUGGAAGUUUGCCCAGAAAGUGGUCCCAGACCCCAACAUCAUCAAACUUAAGCGUGAGGAGGAGACUUUGGACACUAUCAAACAGUAUUAUGUCCUUUGCAAUAGCAGAGAGGAGAAGUUCCAGGCCCUGUGCAACCUGUAUGGGGCCAUCACCAUCGCCCAAGCCAUGAUCUUCUGCCAUACCCGCAAAACAGCUAGCUGGCUGGCAGCAGAACUCUCCAAAGAGGGACACCAGGUGGCUCUGCUGAGUGGAGAAAUGAUGGUGGAACAGAGGGCAGCUGUGAUUGAGCGCUUCCGGGAAGGCAAAGAGAAGGUCCUGGUGACCACCAACGUGUGUGCCCGUGGUAUUGAUGUUGAACAAGUGUCUGUCGUCAUCAAUUUUGACCUUCCUGUGGACAAGGACGGGAACCCAGACAAUGAGACCUACCUGCAUCGCAUCGGACGCACUGGCCGCUUUGGCAAGAGGGGUCUGGCAGUAAACAUGGUUGACAGCAAGCACAGCAUGAACAUCCUCAACAGAAUCCAGGAGCAUUUUAAUAAGAAGAUAGAAAGAUUGGACACAGAUGAUUUGGAUGAGAUCGAGAAAAUAGCCAACUGAGAAGCUUCACCAGCGACUGGCGCCACCCUCAGCACUGUCCCUGCCUGGGAGCCUAGUGCUUUCAUGGCAAAGGCCUUGACGGGCACCUCAAAGACCAAGGCCUGAGUAGAGACUACCUACCUCAUUCAGAAUCAUGUUUGGACUUGACAAAUUUGUGCAUAGAGUAGGGGGAAAUUCAAGGAACAAUUUUGCAUUUUAGAAAAUAGUCCUAGCCAGGUGUGGUGGUGCACACCUUUAAUCUCAGCACCUGAGAGGCAGAGGCAGGAGUAUCUCAAUUCCCGGCCAACCCAAUCUAGAGUUCCAGGGUAGCCAGAGCUACAAAGUGAGACCUUGUCUCAAAAAAAGAGUCCUUAGCUCUAUCUCCCUUUAAAGCCACAUUUUUCUUUUAUGGCAAUAUUGUUGCUGCUGGUGAUGUUUGGGCCCAGAAGUUGCUGCCCACUCUGCCUCCAAUGUGUUUGAACUAACCCUCCAGGCAAAAGUGGUUCAGACAGGCCAGGAGAGCCCUGGCUGUAGCUCAGAUACCUUUUAUAGAACCAGUAGAGCCCUGAGUGCCCCACCCACCCAUUCCUUUCGGCAAGUAUCUUGGCUGCUGCUUUAUCCUUCAGAUUGGCAGACAAGAUGGAAGUCAACAAAAUCACAGACUCAGAGGAAGAUUGGUGUUUCGGCCCUUUGAAGAUGGGGCCUGUCUUUCCUCAUGUUCACUCCAUCUGUUCUGUACCUGACUCGAUUGUUUGGUUCUAGUCCAUGGGAUUUCAUGCCAAGCAGCAAUUUAGAAAGGAAGUUCUGACCAAACAAAAACAUUAUGCCGUUAGCAGACUUAUGGGUUACUUCAUACAUUGUAUGAAUGAGAUAAAUCAGUGAUAACAUCAUUUUCAGAAAUUUUUAAGUGACUAUGAGAAACAUUUUACUAAUCAUGGUUUGUUAUUUGUAUUUUUCUGCUUACUAGACUAAUACAUGCUCAUUCAAAAGUGUGUGUAAUAGUGCUUUGUGUUCACGUAAGAGGCACCAUAGCUCUUUGUGUGUGAGAGGUUUUGGGUCCAGAGAAGGGUUGUGAUAUGAGCACUAUGAUUCAGAACAUAUCUUACUUUAAAACACGGCAGAUAGCCAGGCAGUGGUGGCGCACACCUUUAAUCCCAGCACUUGGGAGACAGAGGCAGGUGGAUCUCUGAGUUCAAUGCAGCCUGGUCUUGGCAAGUUGUAGGAUAGCCAGGGCCACACACAUACACAAGACAACCACCCUGUCUUGAAAGAAAAAAAAAGCAAGGCAGAUAGUCUGUGGACUGGUGAUGGAGUGAUGGCUUUCAUCCCAGGUCACAGCUGAUUGUACAGCACCCUAGUGUCAGCCCUGGUAGGUUGUUUCUAUGAAUAAUGCUGAUGCAGCCUCUCUACAUUGGUCCCCUAUUCUAACAAAAGGGACAGUCCUCUAUCCCUAUACUCAGAAGCCUUCAUCAUGACAGAAGAGUUAAAUACCCAGAGUGCAAAGCCACAGAGACCAGGAUACCAAGGAAGUGCCUAUUAGUGUUUGGUUAAAUGGCAUGCCUCCACAGCCUCCCAGGGACUAUAGGAAUGAGUUAAAAUAGCUGUAAAGAGUAUUCUAACAAAAUGGAAUAAAAAAAAAAUAAAAUUAAAGCCUUCAUUAUAGGGGGAACCAUAAAGCAUGGGAGGAAAAUCUAACUACAAAACUUGCAAUACCUAAAAUGUGACAGUAUAUUAAAAAGGAUUCCUUGUAGGGGUUUUUAAAUUCAGUUCUGUGAUCCAUUUGACAUCUAUUUUAGUGAGUUAAGGUACAGAUCCACCAUUUUUCCCCUGCUACCCUCCUUAAGUUUAUUUAACCUUUAUCCUUAAGCAUUAUCCUUAAUGAUGUGCAAAGCCGAGGGGGCACUGUGCCUCAGCACCUUUAAUCUCAGCACCUGAGAGGCAGAGGCAGGAGUAUCUCAAUUCCCGGCCAACCCAAUCUAGAGUUCCAGGGUAGCCAGAGCUACAAAGUGAGACCUUGUCUCAAAAAAAGAGUCCUUAGCUCUAUCUCCCUUUAAAGCCACAUUUUUCUUUUAUGGCAAUAUUGUUGCUGCUGGUGAUGUUUGGGCCCAGAAGUUGCUGCCCACUCUGCCUCCAAUGUGUUUGAACUAACCCUCCAGGCAAAAGUGGUUCAGACAGGCCAGGAGAGCCCUGGCUGUAGCUCAGAUACCUUUUAUAGAACCAGUAGAGCCCUGAGUGCCCCACCCACCCAUUCCUUUCGGCAAGUAUCUUGGCUGCUGCUUUAUCCUUCAGAUUGGCAGACAAGAUGGAAGUCAACAAAAUCACAGACUCAGAGGAAGAUUGGUGUUUCGGCCCUUUGAAGAUGGGGCCUGUCUUUCCUCAUGUUCACUCCAUCUGUUCUGUACCUGACUCGAUUGUUUGGUUCUAGUCCAUGGGAUUUCAUGCCAAGCAGCAAUUUAGAAAGGAAGUUCUGACCAAACAAAAACAUUAUGCCGUUAGCAGACUUAUGGGUUACUUCAUACAUUGUAUGAAUGAGAUAAAUCAGUGAUAACAUCAUUUUCAGAAAUUUUUAAGUGACUAUGAGAAACAUUUUACUAAUCAUGGUUUGUUAUUUGUAUUUUUCUGCUUACUAGACUAAUACAUGCUCAUUCAAAA